AUGACUAACGAAGUCGGGAAACAUAAAGGAUCUCGACUAGUGGAGUCUGAUACCUCGAGGAUUUGCGAGUUUCUAAGAAUGAAUCCUCCUAGCUUUACCAGUCUGAGCACUAUUGAGGAUUCGGAGAAUUUUGUUGAGAAGCUGAAGAAUGUUUUUGAUGUGAUGCAUCUCAUAGAUACCGAAGAGCUUGAGAUAGAUGCAUAUCAACUAAAGAAUGUGUCUAUGAUGUGGUUCGACCAAGGGAAGGAGGGUAGAGAUAAGAAUGCACCACGUUUGAGUUGGACUUUCUUUGAAGAAACUUUCUUCGGCGUUUCUUUCCUUGAGAACAAAAAGAGGCAAAGGGCAGCAGAAGAUCAAUGCCAACCAUGUACCAUGGCACAAGGGGGUAGUAAGCCUCUUGCAUGUGCCAAGUGUGGUAGAAACCAUUCAAGUAGUUGUCGUGAUCGCUCUGCUGGCUGUUUCAAGUAUGGUCAGAAUGGGCAUUUCAUGCGAGACAGUACAAAGAAUAGAUAUGGAAAUGGUAAUGGGGGCAACAUAGUGCAAUCUUCAUCAGUUGCUCCACCAGACAGGGCUGCACCUAGAAGAGCUACUUGUGGUAUGGCAGAGGGACAAACCACCUCUAUGCAAUCACUAGCCGCCAAGAUCAAUAUAACUCUUCAGUUGUUGUCACAAGUAUGA